GCGUGCUCGUGUUACAUAACAGCAGGUCAGCUCACCUCGGGGGCUCGUGGCCUACACUCGUCAUGGCUCUUUUGUCCGUCCUCACGCCAGUCCUGGCCGUGGUUUUGUGCUUGGUUUUGGGCUUCAUGUUGUUGAAAUCACAUCAGAGUGAGACCACUUCUACCUCAGAGAGAAAAAGUGAGGGGGCGUUAAAAGAUAAAGAAUUCAGACCGUGGGUGGACCAGGACUUACAGGACGACACAGAUAUCACAGCCAAAGAAGACGAGGACGGUGACUGGGUGGACAGUAAUGAGGACGACUGUCAACAUGUGCCCUUCUCUCCGCCUCGUUACCCUGAGGAGACGAUGCUGCAGAGAUCCAAGGAUUUCUACACUCUGUUGAACCAGAGAAGAUCUGUCCGAUUCAUCAGCCCUGAGCCGGUCCCAAGAGAAGUCAUUGAUAAUGUCAUCCUUACAGCAGGCACAGCUCCUAGUGGAGCUCACACAGAGCCGUGGACCUUUGUCGUUGUGUCAGACCCAGAGAUGAAGCACAAGAUCAGACAGAUAGUAGAAGAAGAGGAGGAAGUUAACUACCGUCAGAGGAUGGGGGACAAGUGGGUGAAUGAUCUGGCCAAAUUAAGGACAAACUGGAUUAAGGAUUACUUGGAUGUGGCACCAUACCUGGUACUAAUCUUCAAACAAACCUAUGGGAUUCUACCGAAUGGCAAAAAAAGGACUCAUUACUACAAUGAAAUCAGUGUCUCCAUCUCCUGUGGAAUCCUGCUGGCAGCAUUACAGAACGUGGGUCUUGUGACCGUGACAUCGACCCCUCUUAACUGUGGCCCUCAGCUCAGGGUUCUUCUUAAGCGGCCGGUCAAUGAGAAGCUGUUGAUGCUACUUCCUGUUGGUUAUCCUGCUUCUGACGCCACAGUGCCUGAUUUGAAACGCAAGCCUCUGGAUGAAGUCAUGGUGCAUAUAUGAGAGAAAAAGAUCUGCACGUUAAAUACAGAGUAAACAGGAAAUUAACAAUCAAUAUUUCCCUGUUUUUAGUUGUGAUAAGACUCAUGCAAUGAAGUCAAAGUCAGUGGAAAUAAAUCAACCUGUGUAAUGGACAAAUAGUUAAGCACUUUUGCAAUCAUGUUUAAUUCUGUUUCUUGUCAAGUAGACCACCAACAAUUAGCAAAUUCUACUUUUACUUCAAAUAAACCAUUAACUGACA